AUGGUGGAAGAGCCGGCGGCGACAUCGCGUGCGGGACGCGUGAUAACACCGUCAGCAUGGGCCCAAGAGGCCUCGGGCAGCGACAUUAUCAGCGCCGUUAGAACGUCCAAGAAAUCUAUAACUCAAGGGGAAUUAACAGCGGUAAAGAAAGCCGCUAGCCUUAUUGAGGAGAAACAGAGCGGCAAAGACGGAAACAGGGACAUGCUUAAAAAGAUAGCCCAUACAAUUCAAGCGCUGCAGACCCAAGUAGAAGCAAUUGAAAGCCAAUCUAUAGAAGAAUGCAAGCAACUCUGGGAGCAGCUAGACACUAUCGCGAAUACUCUAGCCAAGGCAAUAUACGCGACUAUAAUUGAUAGACAAUCUAGACAUCAACAAGAUACACCACUAGUCCCCCUAGCCCCUCCUACAUUAGCUAAUACGCUAUUCUGCACCAUCGACACGUCCCGCGUUGGAGAAGAAGACAAAGCUAAAAUCGAGAAGAAGCUGCGAGAGAGUGAGGAAACAAGGAAUUGGCAUUACGCAGCAAUAAUCAAGGACCCGAAGAAUGUAGACCGAGUCAAACUAUAUCCGGUUAAAAUCGACAAUGCCAACCGGACGGCCAUCCUGGAUGCGGAUGGGAACAUUCUACUAGGGGCAGCCAAGGCCUUGGGAAAGGAGAAUAAUCUUAGCAAGAAGGACUCUAACAAAGUAUACGGAUCUAUGGUAGCAUAUAUCACAAAAAAGAUGGACGCCAAACGUUUAAUAGAUGGCAACUACUUUGAUAUAGCAGGAGAAUCCGCGUACACUUGA